UCCUCUUUACUCUUUCGUUGUUUCAGAUCACAAGAUUUUGUUGUUUUCCUUCUCGAUAAUUCAGUUUUCAUCAUCUCUCUCUCUGGGAUCUUCUUCAUUUUUUGUCAAUUCUACGGCGAUAAUCAAAACCAGAUCUCCGUGUUGAAUUACAAAAGAUGAAAUCGACGGCGAGGUUUGCGUCGGAGUGUCGUUUUAAUGAUCACAAAAGCAUAACUACGUGACGUUUUCUCUUCGUCGCGUAUCUCGGAAACUUUAAAUCCGUAUCUAAUAAAAAAUAGCUAAAAGUUAAAGCGACGUCUCUCUUUUUUUUUUUUUCUUCCGUUUGCUCAGUUUCGAAGUUAUUCCAAGCUUUAUCUUCAAUUUUAGAUUAGGUUUUAGGAUUUUUUUUUUGUUCUCAGCUCAGAGUUUUCUCGUGUAUUUUUGGGGAAUUUCGAUCUGGAUUCGUCGAUUUGAAUUUUUGAGAGAUCGCGAUGCCAUUUCAUAUGAAAGUCCAACCGAUCGAUGACUCUGAUGUGUCGGAUGAGCUACCUUUCCCGGAGACGAUGAAGCAAAUGCCGAAAUCGAGGCUGAAGCGUCUGUUCGAGCGUCAGUUCACUAUUAAGAACGUUUCGGAUAAGUUUCCAGGCGCCGACGUUGAUGCACCGCUUUCGAGAGGUAACUCUGGAGAUUUUGAGCCGAGCUCGGUCUGUUUGGCGAAGAUGGUUCUAAACUUCAUCGAGGAUAACAACGGUGGUGAGAAACAGCGGUGUGGCCGUAGCCGAUGCAACUGCUUCAGUGGGAGUGGUACGGAGAGCUCUGAUGAUGAAACUGAAUGGUCCGAUGGUUUCAGAUGUUCUUCCGGGGAAGCUUGUGAGAUCCUCAAGAGUUUGGUCCUUUGUACGAGCGUCUGGGAGAGGAAUUUACAGGCCGAUGUGACCAAGAUUGUGGAAACAAGUAAGAAUUGCAAGCCUAAAGACGAGUCAUGCUUGAAAAUUGUGGCCAAUGGGUUGAUGAGCUUAGGUUAUGAUGCGGCUGUAUGCAAAUCUCGCUGGGAGAAAUCGCCUUCUUGUCCUGCUGGGGAAUAUGAGUAUGUGGAUGUGAUAUUGAAAGGUGAAAGACUGUUGAUUGACAUCGACUUCAAAUCCAAGUUCGAGAUUGCUCGUGCUACAAAGACGUACAAGUCGAUUUUACAAACCCUGCCUAACAUCUUUGUCGGGAAAGCGGAUAGGCUUCAGAGGAUCAUCGUUCUGAUAUGUAAAGCCGCAAAACAGAGCUUGAAGAAGAAAGGACUACAUGUGCCGCCAUGGAGGAGAGCUGAGUAUGUGAAAUCCAAGUGGCUGUCUUCUUAUGUUCGUGCAGAUCAAAACUCAGAUGAAGAAGUCAAACAGGAAUCAGUAGAUAUGAUAACUGGAUCGAUAGGAUCCAUAGUCUUUGGUGUCUGAAGGUUUGUUUAUAUAUAUGUGACAUAACCUUCUAGAGAGGUAUGAGGUGUAGGAGUAUUUUGAAUCCCUUAUAGUUUUUGAUAUUAAGGGUAUGUAACAGAGGAUCCAUGCACGCCUAUAAGCGUCUUCCCUUGGUCUUUUUUUUUUGGGUUGUAAGGGAGAGUGAUCCAUCCAACUCUGUGCUUGCUUUGUGAGAGUUAAUAGCAUUCUAAUUACCUUAUGUGUUUACUAUA